AUGUGUGCGUUUCUUGUGCGGAUGCUCUUUUGCAGUGCGUGCAGUGUGCGAGUUGUGCCUGCCGCGGGAGGUCGCAUCAUUACCGCGCACACAACGGCGACGCUGCGACGAUGUGUGUGUAUUUUUGCUGCACCUCUUUCUAUUUCCUUUUUGCCUUUCUAUUCUCCGCUCUGUGCGCAGAUCUGCUCACCGACUUCAGCCACGCAACUCUACUACUACUACUACUGCUGCUCGCACUUGUACGCGAAAAACGAUGAUGAUGGUAUGGCGCGUGUGGAGAUGGAGUUGUUGUGUGGAAGCAAAGAUUCCCGUGUGCACUGGCGCCCAGUCGGCGAGAGCAGCCGGACUGCGUGUCGUACUGAUAAGAAACCAGACAGUCGAGAUCUAACAGAAGAGGAGGCUUUCAAUGCGAUAGUCGGCGAUUUUGCGGCGAGGAGCUGCUCGGAUUGCGAUGGCACGAAUAAUUCCGGAGGAACGGAGGAAUAUAUGACUCCUGACAUCACGACGCCCAACACCACCGAGGUGUGCAGCAAUAGGACUGUAUCCAUGGUCCUCGGGCACCCACCCUUGCCACCAAGGAGCCGACAAACAGCAGUUUGUGCAGCAGCUCCACACAGAGCACAUCUCCUUUAA